AUGAGCUGCUACUAUGGCAACUACUAUGGUGGGCUGGGCUAUGGCUAUGGUGGCCUAGGCUGUGGCUAUGGCUGUGGCUACGGUGGCUAUGGUGGCUAUGGUGGUUAUGGUUAUGGAUGCUGCCAUCCACUCUGCUAUAGAAGAUGCUGGUCCUAUGGCUUCUACUGA